AUGGGCAACACGAACUCGGCGAUCAAGGGCCUGGCGUCCGACAUCGCGGGCACGACGGGCAUAUGCGACGUGGUCACGGAUGUCUCGAGUGCCUGGGCGGUGUCCUAUUUGCUGCCGGGCGAGGAAGUCCUGUACGCGCUGCAGUGUGUGCGCCAGGAGUUCGCCUUCACCAACCGCGCACUCAUCAAAGUGAGCGCGGAAACGUCCACCACGACGCGGAAAUUAGUGGAGAGAUUUGAAUAUAAAAGUAACAGAGUGGAGCACGUCAAGUUCGAGUCGACGGGCGUCGUGGACCGAGACUGCGAGCUGGAAUUUAAGAUUGGAGAGGAGAAAAUCAAGAUUGACAUCGAACGUAGCAAAGAGGAAGAGAUUAAGGGUUUCUACAAGGCGCUUGUGCUGCUGGGACAUAAGCAGGAGGAGAAUGAACUUGAAUGGGAACUGGUUAAGCAGGCCAUGACUACGGCAAAAGACACUGUGCGUCGCUCGGACCCUGAUAGACAGAGUUUGAAUCAACAGUCCGACGAGACGCUCAGUUGGAUGAAGGCGCAGUACGAACGGACGCAUCCGCACUGCUACAAGAACGUCAUUACGAGUGUUCUUGACGCUGCACAAGCAGCGCAGGAGAAGGCUGGAUAA